CCGGCAGUGCUCGCACCUCGCAGAGCAGGACGCCCUCGACCUUUCUCUCUCGCACUCACGCCCCCACCUCAGUACCCCGCGUCCGGCCUCCAGCAUCCCCACCCGACGCCGACGGCCACCUCUCAGCGAUUCGUCCUCUGCGCGUUGGCCCUGGUUGCCGCCCGCGUCUAGCAUGGGGCCGUCGCCCGGCGCGCCCUGCAGCAGCUCCUGGCAGCCGGCGCCGCCACCACCCGCUGCCUCGCGCCCUCGCCACCAUCCGCUGCUGCAGCGCGUGAGCGCCCAGAAGGGGCCGGCGGCCGUCCGCCGGCGCACCCAUCCGGGGGCAGAGACGAGCAGUGAGCAAUAUCGGCUCCUGCUGCAUCUAGUCGAUCUCAAGCUGCUGCUGCUGCAUCUCGUGCACGUCUCGCAGCCGAUUAAGCAACACCUCCAUCCGACUUAGCAACACUCCUGCCCCGUUGCCAUCCUUCGCUAAUACUCCUCGCUGGCGAAUCUCAAGCACGCCGUCCCACAUCUUCAGAUCGGUUUGGAUUCUACAUCAGCCGACUCCGAGUUCCCUGUGAAGACGCCCUUAACCGUGUCGGACGCUAAGUCCGACUUCGAAGAGGAAAGGGGACAUCUUGUGCGGCCUUUACAGGGAAACGUGCCGCCGCCGUCUACGUCCGCGUCGGAGGAACCCAGAUCUGAUUUCGCCGCGGCCCUCUCCCCUUUAACAAGACGACGACGUGCUCUCCCUUUUGAAAAAAGAAACCAGGAACAUGCCGAGACAACUCGGCCAAAAGGUUUUCACCCGCUCGGGGUCGGGGGCGGAGCAGAUGACCGCCGCCAUGCAGGCCACACAGAUGCAGGGCCAGGAACGUGAGCAGGAAGAUAGAAUUAGCGAACUUCCAGACCACAUUCUCAUGAAUAUUUUAGAUAGGUUUGAAGAAGAACCACGCAAUGCUGUGAGGACCUGUGUACUUUCAAAGCGGUGGAGGCAUAUUCCGGGAUUGCUUUCAAUUAUUGUUUUAGACGUGGCGUACUAUGAGGCCAAUUCUGAUUAUACAGAUGAUGAGGUGGCACAGGCCAAUGUCUCGUUGGUUGAAGCUACAAAGAGUAUCUUGGCACAUAAGAGUCAGCAUACCAUCAACUAUUUGAGCAUAAAGUUCUAUUUGAGGGAUGAAUCAAUUGACAUUAUUCGUUCUGUGGAUAAUGCCAUGGCAAACCGGGAGGUUAUUAAAGCAGAUUUCACAAUCAUACCAGAGGAACCAGAGACAUCGUGCAUAUCUGGAAGACGUUUCAUGACAUUCUUGGAUGGUUAUACCCGGGCAUUUGGUGGUCUCACAGGCUUGUGCCUUUGUUGUCUUAGAUUCAGCAAAUUUGACAUGCCCAAUGUCCUUUGUGCAUGUAAGAAGCUAGAACACCUUAUCCUAAAUAGGUGUGAUGCCGGGAUUGGAUCUGUCCUACAAAUAGAGCACCCGCAACUUUCUCAUCUGAGUAUUAUCUAUUGUGCAUGUGAUAGGAUUGAGCUCAAUCAGCUUCCAAGGCUUACUCAUUUGACAUGUCAAUCUUGGCGCCCUUCACAUGAUACAUAUCCAUUGACCUUCGGCUAUGUUCCAAAGCUUUCGGUGCUAAUCCUUAGUUCUAUGAGUUCUGUUUACCACAGAAAUAUUAGGCUAAGUGAAUUCCUUCGUAAUGUGACCAUAGUAAAUCUAGAUUUGAAUUUUCAAAGUCGAAAGAUUUGGAUUCAACCUGAAGCAACAAGGCCAUUAGCUCCUCUUUUGCGUAAUCUUCAAAUGCUUAGAUUACGUUUCAUUCAUGAAAAGUGUGACCUCUCUUGGACAAUGUUUAUCUUAGAAGCUGCGCCCCUCUUGAAGGAAAUUAACAUACAGGUGUGGGACCAUGUGUGUAAUGCAAACGAAGAGGAUAUGUCCAGGGAGGAAUUGCAGAUGCAGCAAGAAUUUUUUAAAAUAGAAAGUGAUCACUUGAGUUGGGAAGCACAUGAUUUCAAGCAUUAUAAUUUGAGCAAGCUUACGAUAGAAGGUUUCCAAGUAGAAGAGAAACUCAAGAGUUAUAUAAGACAAGUUCUGAAGACAGCAGUGAAUUUAGAACUUGUAGCACUUCGUAAAAGGCGCCUCUGUGGAAAGUGCCGUAUUCGUCCUUCAUCAAUGGCAUAUCCACAAAAUGAAGAGCAGAAGGACCUGAUAUGGACACAAAUUUCGGACCAGAUAUCCUCGAAUGCUAGAAUUAGAUUUUUCCCUUGAUCAUAUCUUGGCAUUUCGUGUCCCUUAAGCAUCAUAGCUCUCGCAUCUUGUUCUAACAUGUAUGGACGUCUUUAUUGGUACCUGGUUAUGUAUGAUUGGGAAAACGGUGUUUGUGCCGUCAAUAAGUCUGAUUUUGUCUUUGUUUUUUAACCUUGUGAUUUUGCCCUUAUUAUUUUGAAACGAACACUCUGUUUACCC